AUGGCUUUGGGUGGAUUGUUCAUAUGUCUUGAAGUUCUCAUAGGGGUUUGCUGUUGUUUGGGUAAUGCUCUGGUGAUGUUUGCCGUGUGGAGGAGUGGAGCUCUGAAUCAGUCCACCUUCUGUUUGAUCGUCUCUCUGGCGAUGGCUGAUUUUCUUGUCGGCUGUUUGGCUGUUCCUCUCGCUGUACUCGAGGGAAUGGAGAUUGAAACUUCAUUCAGUUUAUGUCUCUUUAUAAGUUGUGUUCUCAUUGUACCGCUUCAGGCCUCUGUGCUCAGCCUGCUGGCCAUCGCUGUGGACCGAUGCCUGAGAGUCUGCAUUCCCUUCAGGUAUAAGUCUUCAGUAAAUAAAAGGCACUCUUGGUCUUGGCUGCUUGCUGGCGUGUGCUGGAUUUUGGCGUGUCUCUUAGGAUUCAUACCCAUGUUUGGAUGGUACAAACAUGAAACCUUGAAAGAACUCAACUCAACCUCAUUCAACUGUGAAUUUAAAGCCGUCAUUCCCACAUCAUUCAUGGUCAACUUCAUAUUCUUUGGCGUCUUUAUUCCUCCACUGUUCAUCAUGAUUGCUUUAUAUUGUUACAUCUUUUUUAAAAUUAGAAGUCUGUCAAGAGGUAAAGCGGGUGUUGCUGAAUCUGAGGCAUAUACUCAAAAGGAACACAGGCUGGCCCUCUCUUUGCUUUUAGUCUUGGUUUUGUUUGUUGUCUUUUGGCUUCCCCUAAACAUCAUGCACACGAUUAAUUUCUAUAGCCAGAAUACACAAGUGUCUGCCUCUCUCAUGUAUUUUGGUGUCAUACUCUCUCAUGCUAACUCAGUAGUCAACCCUGUUGUGUACGCCUUCAAGGUUCCUAAGAUUAGGGCGGAGUUUAGUAUGAUUUGGAGACAGGUGACUGGCUCAUGGCAGCAGGAAGAGAGAAUCAGCAGAACUCCAGAGAUUCAGACUCGAGCCGGUCAUGGAAAUAUCUGUCAGGUGGAUUUUAAUGCAGGCGAGUGAAUUCUGCUCGAUUAAAAAAACAAAAGCUCAUUUAAAAUACACAAGUUCAUUCAAAUUUUAUUAACUUUUCAUUUCAAAUAUAUUUAACUUUGACCAGUUGAGUGUUCAGUGAGAUUUUGGGCACUUUUUCCCAAAAUUUAAAAGAGGUAUUUGUGCCCUAAAAAAUCUCUGUCAUUAUGCUAAAACAUAUUUUUAAUAUGAAUGUAUUUAUAAUAAGAGCUACGUGUAGAGCUAUGUUGUAGCUAGUAUGGGUUCCGUAAAAUAAAGGUUCUAAAAGUGUUCUUUCCAGCAAUUCUAUAGAAAAACAUUUAAAGUCAAAGUUUCGUAAAAAAACACUUCUUCUUUCUUUAAUACUCCGUACAAUGUUUUCCUCUGUAAAGAACAGGAAGCUUCCGUGGAAGUUAAAGGUUCUAAAUAGUUGCUAAUGUUUAGCUCUUUUAUUUUUAAGAUUAAACAUUCAACACAAUUAAAACCUAUGACUAUUUCAAAGUAUUUUAUUAUGAUUUCAAAUGAUUUUUAUUUACCAUCAUGUUGUUUUAUAUUGAGCUGUUGAUAUGUUAUCAGUGUUGCUGUAGUUCAUCCAAACACCACACACCUGUACAGUAUGUUAAUGUGGAUAAACAUGUGUCAUGUGGGACAUUAAAUGUUAGAUGUAAUAUUUCACAUAUCCUGCUUUUCACAAAAGCAGCUACAACAGUUUUACAACCAACACUCAAAAAAAUGAACUGUCGCUGUUGUUAGUUUUACUUAACCCAUCCUUGUUCACAGUACAUAAUGAAUGCAAGUAAAUGAAAAAAUUUAGAUCGGUCAACUUUACUUAACAAGUGCUUGACUGGUCAACUUAACAUUGUUGAGUAGAACGCAACACACUAUAAUAUUGGACCUAUUGUUGAGUUUACUUCACAUAAACAAGUUAAUUCAACAUGACUGGUUGAGGGGGAUUGCAUUUACGUAAGACUUCAUUUAGGCUUUAAGUGUUUUUCAAUAAAGAAAUAAGACUUGUUACUGCUUAACAUUCAUUUAUAUUUGAGGUUUAAAAGAGUUUGUUGUAUUUUUUAGUUUUAGGGUUGCCGUUGUUUUGAAGAGUGUUACAUGUGCUUAGUCUGUGAGAGGUUCAUGCGCACCCAUGAUGUCUAUUGCAUCAUUCAAUGAGCUGUAACUGUGCUAAUGCCAGUACUGAGAUGCCUCUCAUCUGAUUUGCGCAUUGUGUUUAGACUUACAUGCAAGUCUGUAUAUAAUUUAUGUAUGACAACAAAAAGUAUAAAUCUUGAGUAGUUUUAACUUAAAAUUACUGAUACAAUCGGAAUAUUUUACUCACAAAUGUUUUUUCAACUUUACUUAAAUUUCUUUUUUUCAUACAACUAAAUUGUUAAUUGUCUAAAAUACUCAACUUACUUGUGUGCAACCUACUUGACACCAUUUAUUAUGUAAAUCCAACAAAUCAUCGAAUGUACAAAGAGCUCUUUAUAGAGACAGAAAACUACUCUUGACAAGUUCAUUCACAGAAUCUUUAUCAUUUAUGAAACAUUUUAAGUUAAAAAAGAACAAUACAGAAAGUACAGAGGGCCUGUCAGCCACAGAAGCAUUCAUGUCGUUUUGGAUAUAGAACACAUAUAAGACACAUCUUUAUUGAUACAUCAUGUAAAUGCAUCAUGUGUUGCAAUAAAGUUCACAUCCUGAUGUCUGAGAUGCUGUAAUUACUCCUAUCGUAAGCUCACGGUGCGUCUCAAGGAAGGCAAUAGACUGUAUAGUUAUCCUCUGAAUGGCACACGAUCCGUCCCGUAAACUAUACAACCUACUACCUCAUCUUGAGAGACACACAUCAAGUGUGAGUUGUUUCAUGUCCAGCUGUGUGACGGGCGUUGUGUAGUUGAGCCGGUCUCCUUCAGAAAGACAGUAGAUUGUAUAGUUAUCUCACAGGGAGAUUUCACACUCCACAACUAUUCAAUCUACUACCUCAACUUCAGGGACCGAGACAAACACACCAGAGCUUCACGUGCAGCGCUUCUCUCUUAUCACUUCUGAAGAAGAAAGAACAUCGUUCAGUAUCUCAAUAUCAAUCAUAGAACAUAUGUUUUUUUGAAGAGUUCGACAUUUUCAAAAAUCAUGUUUUUUAUUGUGCAAUCCAACUCAUUUCAAUCAAAAGGCAGUUAAUUUAUGCUGAUUUAAGAAAAUACAGCUCACUAUCACAAUAAAACAGUAUAACGUGAUAUAAAACAUGAGUUUUUAACAUUUUCAAAAAGUUAUCUCAUUUUGGAACCAAACUCGUUAGUCAUAAUUUACAUUUAAAUGACAUGUUGUUAUAUAGUGUACAUAUUGACCCUUAAUAUGUCAAUGCGAUAACAAAUAUGAAGCGUGUUUCUCAGCAUGUUUCAUGUUCAUUUUUACAUAUAUAUAUAUUUAUUUUUUUAAGGUGAACAUUGUAUAAUUGUUUAAAUAAACAAUUACCUAAAUGAAUUAUUGCUGCAAAACAAAAAAACAUACAGUGUAAAGCCAACACCCUUGCAGAACCACACAACGUCUGAGAUGUCCGUAAACAUAUGAGAAAUAGUCUUGUUUUCAGUUGUAUGUCAUUGUUACAUGGAGGCAUGUCUUAAGUCUUCACACGUCAUUCAUCAAUCUGAUUUGUAGCAGUUUAGUGUUAAAAAAAAGUGUUUAAAUGCAAAAGGAAAUGUGGACGUUGCUGAAUCUAUUUCUGUGUUUCCUAUGUUCUUCCUUCCUAACAGAUGAACAGAUCAAAAGCCAGUCAUGACAUUUUGCAUUCAUUUGAGAAACAAAAGUGACAUGGGUUAGGGUUAUGGGUUUUUAAAAGAGUUAAAAGACUUAACACUGUAAUGUUUCAUAUGUGUGUGCUUCUGUCACAUACACAAGUCUUACUUAUACAGCAUGUUAGGCAUGGGCCCAAUAUGGGUUUCAAGGUAUACCGAGGUUUGAAAGAGUCAAGGUUUCUAAACCACUAACAUUUUCUGUGAUACCUUUUCUAAGGGAUGAGCGGUGUUUACACAAAAAUACAUAAUUAAGCCAUGUGAUGCAAUGUCUGAUGUUUAGGCCUAAUAUAUGGACUAUGACAAAAAUAUAUAUUUUUGAAAGAGUAUUAUAUUUUUAAGGCUUUAUUUUUUUCUAUGUCAUAUCAUUUGAAAAUAACACAUUUUAGUGUUGUAAUUGCAAGACCAUCAUACCGGCCCAUGCCCACAGCAUACACAUUUGUGUUAAAGCUAUAGAAACUCCAAAUAUAAUCUACAGAUAGAAACUUACAACCUCCAGUCUGAUGCAAUUAGUAUUUACCAUAGUAAACUGAAGUAAAUUGCAGAAUAUUACAGAGAUUGAUAUGUAUAGCCUACUGGAAUAUUCUGUGGUGUAAACUGAAUUAAAUUGAUCUUCUGUAGUAAAUACUGUUGUAUACUUCAAUAAUACGCUAGUAAAGUUCAAAAACACUUUACUGUUGAGGAAUUUUACUACAGUUUACCAUAGUAAAUACUAACUUCAGUAUUGUGAAUUCAAUGUUAGCGUGUUGUUAAGAUAAUGCUUUCAUACAUGCAUAACAAUGUACAUAUUAGACACAAAUACUUUGAUUCAGAAAUAAUUUAUGAACUGCUUAAUUCAAUACUUUAGAUUGACAAUAGACAUUUAGACCACAAUUUCCCAUGAGAAAAACUUAUAAUGUAGUUUUUGAUCAUCUGAUCCAUCAAGUUUCAAAAUCUGUUCACUAAACAGUCUUAAUCUUGAAAGCAUCAAAAGCACGCUUUUGUAAUGUUGUAAUGUUGACAUGUGUUUCGUGUCGGUUGAACACGUGUGUGUGUGUCUGUACAGAGCGUGUGCGUUUAGAGACGAUCUGUGUCUGGAGCUGUGAUCUUCUUUAACAUUGUUCAUGGAUUUGAGAAGAACUGCUUGAUAUUCAGUCACAGUAUAUGAUGAACGAUAUGGUAUUCUCGCUGAAGAACACAAGCUAAUGGUUGUUUUGUCAACAUGAGCUUAAACUUCACGUGGAAGAGAUGAGCUGCAGUGCACAUACAUGAGAUGAGUAUCAUAUCAUAUGAGAGAGCGUCUGUGUUUAAUAUCAUCACAACAGGACGGUGUUCAUUUGUUUCAAUAGUUGAAUGUAAAACAGUAAAUUCUCUUUUAAAGAACUCUUUUUCUGUAACAUCACGUUUUAUUGUAAUGUUUAGUGACUCUCUGAGUAUGAGUACUGACCCAACCAGUGAUGUAUAAAGUACCUAAAAGCAAUACUUGAGUAAAAGUACAAAAACCCUGCCAGAAAAUGAUUUUGGUAGAAGGGAAAGUAGCUUUUUAGAAUAUGACUCGAGUAAAAGUCUUAAAGUAACAGAUAAAUAUUGUACUCUAGUAUCAAAAGUACUUUUUAUAUUAAAUCUACUUAAGUUUUUAAAGUAAAGUUGAAGCAAACCUGUCUAUAUUUUUAGCAUAAAGAUCAAAAAUGGUGCUUGCAUAGAAAUGUACAACUUUGAAAACGCUCCGUCUCAAAUUCAGUGUUUUAUCUGGAACAACAUGUUGCCAAAUUGUCAAACUAUCAAAAUAAAAGUUCAGAAACCACAUCUUUAUAACUUUCCUUCAUAACUUUAUAAAAGGAUAGUUCCCUCCUACCCCAUAUUAUCCCUCUAGAACAACUUGGAACGAAAUCUGAUGACAUCUGUCUGGCCCUUACGUCUUUCUUUCAUUGCAUUUCCCUCAUAUCAUCAUUCAUUGAAACUGAAAAAAAGCUGUUUAUCUUAAAAGCAGCAGCACGUGGAAGCCUUUUGUUGACAUUAAGCACCUUUUUUCACUUGCACGUUGAGCUUUAACAAACGAUCGGUUCAGCAUUGUCAUGGUGACCGGAUCACCAACUCGUCUAUUGGAGUUCUGUUUCUAUGCUUUUAUUUUGUACUAACGAACAUGCUAAGGGGAAAUGUAUCAGAGUGAAAGUAUACAUUUUGAUCAGGAAAUGUAGUGGAGUAAAAGUAAAAGUCUGCAGAAAUAUAAAGACUGAAGUAAAGUACAGAUACUACCAAAAGUACAGUACUUGAGUAUUUUCACUUCAUUACAUUACAACACUGAGCACAACUGACACAAUAAGCAAAAAACAAUUCAUGGCCAUUGCAUCAUUGGAACAAGAUAUAACAUACAGUACACCUGAAAGUAUACUUUCUUAUUUUUUAGUUCAAAAGAAGUAUACUAAAAGUAUACUUAAAUAAACUUUAUGGAACGGGUAAACUGUCUGUUAAAUGAUUGUCAAAUGUUGUUUCCUGCUCACCUCUUUCAUCUUUUUUUAUUUUUAUCAAAUGCAAAUCUAUUGUUAUCUUUUGAAAGGACGGACAUGAAAAAAACAGCCACGGCAACCCAGAAAACAGAAAAUGUAAAAGUUAAUCAAUAAACUGACUGAAGUUACGCUGGACCACCACAUCAAUGUGACCGACACGUGAGGAAAUGGUCUUCACUUUCGUCUGGAGGUAAUACAAUCCUGUUUAUUUUCAACAUUUGAAUAAACAAAUGUUUGUGUCUGUUCUGUUGUGUCAUAAAUGUGUCUCGCUGCAAAUUCAACAAACAUAAUCUUCCUUCAGCGCUGACUGCAAAACUGACCGACAUAAAGCGGAAGUGCCUGCUGAUGGUGUUUGUGUUCACUGUGUUUAUCAGUAUAACAAACACAAACACACAGCUUAUAACAUUCAGCGAAAACUGAGUUCUGUUCUUUAAAAUUGUCGUCUAGUCUCUGUUGACACCUGUUAGUCAGUACUCAAAGUUUCAAACCCGCUCACGACGGCAUGAACAGAUUCAAGACUAAAGCCACGUGCUCUGAAAAGAAAAGCUUCCCUUGAGUACAUCACUACCUCUGAACGUCUUUAUUCAGAUCCCCGUGAGACCCACAUGCAGACUAAACUUCCAAUCACACAAUAACAAGAAAUACCUGCUGAAGUUAGUGUGAGACGGCUGAGAAAACAACAGCUGGACAUCCGACUGUGAGCUGUGAUGAUGUUUAUGCUCCUACUGGCUGUUAUUGAAGGUGACGAGUGAAACAUGUUUCCCAUAAAGAUUCGCCGACUUUGUUCCUGGUUGCCACAAACAGAGAGAGAGAGAGAGAGAGAGAGAAUGGAAGGGCGCUCAAAAAUAGCAGGAAGUAGAGAAGGCUGAAAGGCGACGAGUUCAUGUGAGGAUAGAGAGGGAGGAGUCGAGGAAGUGUUUUCUUCUGUGUGUCACCCCACCCACCGUCUUACUGCUUUCUGUCCCUCCCGUUCACUUUUUGUUUCACGGCGAUACUUACAGACCUUUCACUUCUAUUUUUAACGUCUAAAAGAAAGAUCUGUCAUCUGAGAAUGAGAUUGAUGAUGCACAGAGACUUUACGAGGAGACGUAGAGUGUGUUAAUGUGUUUCAGGUUGUUCGUGAAUGAUUUCAAGAUGUUCUUUGGGUUGUUCUCUGAGCAUGCUGGGAUAGCAGGUCUUGUAAUUCCAUGCUUGAAUGCAUUUUAAAAUAGUCAAUUCUGAACUUUAUUAACAUAUUCCCUUUGAUUGUUAAGCUAUCAUUGGAAAUGAAACAUCUUCACAAAAGAUCUCUUGAUCUCUCUUUAUUUGUGUCAGUGUCGGUCUUCAGUUCCUUUAAACAUUUCGUAGAUUGAGGAAGAAUGGAGUUUUGUGUGGUAUAUCACCUAUAACAUACAUGUGUGGGCUAAAAAACAACGCUAAUGUGGAUGUUCACAACGCUCCUACAGAGAUUGUAUUCUUCUUUUUUUCAAAAACAAAGAGUUUGUCUUUGUUUUAAAGGCCUUUGGAUGUCACUAGUUUACUGCCGACCUUCACAUUUUUUCCGUCACAGGUCCUCACAACGAUAUAAUGAUAUAAUGUAUGUUUGCAAAGCCUCCGAAGAGUGACUCUUCUAAAGCUUUUGUGCAGCGACUUUCUCACGGUAUAUAAAACCAAACACGGACAGGUGUGAGACAAACACAACUAGAGAAACUCACCAGAGCAUCACCGUGUAGAUCACACACAUUUAGGAUCGUGUUUAAUAUAAAAAAGUUCGCCGGAUGGAAACAAUCAUGGCGGCGAGACAUGUGCAGGAGGAAGAGGAGGAUGAGGAGGAGAAGACGACAGAGCGAAAGGAGAAAACCUUGUUAUUCCUAAACAACAGAAGCUGAAAGCAGAACUGAAGAUGAGAAUUUAAACAGUAUGAAUGAUGGAAAUACCUGAGACGCGGCGUCCUGCGCAAGACUCCGGGAAACAUUGUGAAGAUGACCAAAAAAAGGAAGUGGUCACAUCUUGAAGAACAAGCUAAAAGCAAAAAACUGAGGAGUGAGCGAGCGAGCGUCGCUUUUCACUGGAGUGUGAGCCCCCUGCCAGUGCUGAAAAGAUUCAGAUAUGCCCCUUAU